GGCAGCAGAGGCAGCCGUGCGGCAGGCAGCCCUCCAGUUCGUAGCUUGCAGCAGCCAGGUCUCAUCCUCACAACCACCAUGGACGUCUUCAAGAAAGGCUUCUCCAUUGCCAGGGAAGGCGUUGUGGGUGCUGUGGAGAAGACCAAGCAGGGGGUGACCGAGGCAGCUGAGAAGACCAAGGAAGGGGUCAUGUAUGUGGGUACCAAAACCAAGGAGAACGUGGUACAAAGUGUAACCUCAGUGGCUGAGAAGACCAAGGAGCAGGCCAAUGCCGUGAGUGAAGCUGUGGUCAGCAGCGUCAACACAGUGGCCACCAAGACCGUGGAGGAGGCAGAAAACAUCGUGGUCACCACCGGGGUGGUACGCAAGGAGGACUUGGAACCCCCUGCACAGGACCAGGAGGCCAAAGAGCAAGAGGAGGGUGAAGAGGCCAAGAGUGGAGGAGACUAGAAGGCUGCCUGUCAACCACAGAGGCUCAAGGGACACCUCUCUGUCUUGGACCCUGUCCCAAGCUGGCACACUGAGUGCCCUGCCUAGAGUGCCCUGCAGGUUGCCCACGUUCUCCACUCCCUAGCCCAGUGCCACAAGCCUGUCCAAGCACGCAUGCACGCUACUGACAGCGCCAGCGCCCCCUGCUGGCUCCUUUUACCCUAUGGUCCUUCGGAUCACCAACCAGACGCUGCUGUGAAUUUUUUCUUUUUUUAAUGAUUCCAAAUAAAACCUGAGCCCUAAUCCA